CUUAGUAGGAUCAUGUUUAGAGAGAUGAGAAAAAGGUUGUUUAACAUAUUGUGACACAAACAACUAAAAUGAUUACAUUCAGUCCAUUUUCAAGAACUGUAUUUUACUGUAACACAAUAUAGACUUUACAAUGGAAAUGAGCUGUCACAACCAAAAUCCACUUUGCAUGGUUCUCUACUGGAGAUUAUUGUGCAGCUGGAUGGUUAUCAGAGUUUAUUAGGGUUUAAAUAAAGAAAAAUGAUUAUUUUUAACUCAAAAGGCGAUGUACUUAAUUUCAGGUUUUAUAUUUAUACUCAUUAAUGUAGGUAUUUGAAUGCAACUUUAUGUCUUAUGAACUUUGGUAAAAAAGUAAGAAGAGCCCGUAUAUUGGAAUGUGGUUGCUGGGUCAUAGUGAUGCAUUCAACUUGUUAGUGAAUACAACCCUUUGAAUAGUCCGACCUGCACCAUAACUCCAAACAAUUGAUUUAUAAUUGGAUGCUCACUGAAUGAAUGGUACCCCACGACACGCCUUGGCAGCAUUCCUAAACGGUGACAGCAUGUUAGAGCAAGUGCUGUCAUUUGGCCGUUCCUUGGUGCGCCGAAAGUUGGUUGACCUCAGCAGCUUAGAAGACUCUAAGCUCUGUCGUUGCCUUGGAACUGUGGACCUGAUAGCCUUGGGAGUGGGCAGCACUCUGGGUGCGGGUGUCUAUGUCCUGGCCGGAGAAGUAGCCAAGGGAAACUCUGGACCCAGCAUUGUCAUCUCCUUCCUCGUUGCUGCUCUGGCUUCCGUCAUGGCUGGCCUUUGUUAUGCUGAGUUUGGGGCUCGUGUCCCAAAGACUGGUUCUGCUUACCUUUACAGUUAUGUAACUGUUGGGGAAAUCUGGGCUUUCAUCACAGGUUGGAACCUGAUUCUCUCCUAUGUAAUCGGUACAUCCUCAGUAGCUCGAGCCUGGAGCGGGACCUUUGAUGAAAUAACCGGAGGACAUAUUGAAAUAUUUUGUAAAACUUACUUCAGCAUGAACUCGCCCGGUCUGGCUCAGUACCCUGAUUUCUUUGCGGUCUGUCUGAUUCUACUACUGUCUGGACUUCUGUCAUUUGGGGUAAAGGAGUCAGCCUGGGUCAAUAAAGUCUUCACCUCUGUUAAUGUACUCGUACUCCUCUUUGUCAUCAUCUCUGGUUUCGUCAAAGGAGACACAAACAACUGGAAAAUAACAGAAGAAUCAUUGGUAAAUGUCACCAUAGUAGCCAGAAACCUAUCAGUCAUUGGCAAUGUGAGCAGUGAUUAUGGAGCAGGAGGAUUCAUGCCAUACGGUUUUAGUGGAACAUUAGCCGGAGCUGCAACCUGUUUCUACGCUUUUGUGGGCUUUGACUGCAUAGCAACUACAGGUGAGGAGGUGAGGAAUCCUCAGAGGGCCAUUCCCAUCGGCAUUGUUGUGUCACUGACUGUAUGUUUCCUGGCAUACUUUGGUGUUUCGGCUGCACUCACACUCAUGAUGCCAUACUACCUAUUGGAUGAGAAAAGCCCUCUGCCGAUGGCUUUUGAAUAUGUGGGAUGGAGCCCUGCCAAAUAUGUGGUUGCUGUAGGUUCGCUAUGUGCCCUGUCGACAAGUCUGCUGGGCUCCAUUUUCCCUAUGCCUCGUGUAAUCUAUGCUAUGGCAGCGGAUGGUGUGCUUUUCAAAGCCUUAGCCCGAAUCAAUCCUAAAACGAAGACCCCUCUUAUUGCCACAAUGAGCUCCGGUGUAAUAGCAGCCAUCAUGGCUUUUCUGUUUGACCUCAAAGCUCUCGUUGACAUGAUGUCUAUUGGAACUCUUCUGGCCUACUCACUGGUUGCCGUCUGUGUACUAAUCCUCAGGUACCAACCAGAUGGUGCUUUGGAGCAGCGUGGGCGAGAAGGCUUUAAAAGGGACUUUCUGUCCUUUGAGGAAGGGGAGUCUGAACUGACUGAAUCUGAGUCCCACCUCAACACACUAAAAGUAGAAGUCUCAGUCCUGCAGGCGGUUCUGCAACCACCUUCCUCCCCCUCUGAGCCUUCAUCUAGAGUGGUCAACAUUUCCAUUUGUGUGCUAGUACUUCUUGUAUGUGUGAUCAGCUAUUUGACAACUUACCACAACGAUGCCAUCAUUAGUAUUCAAGUGUGGGUCCUGGUUUCACUGUCAAUAUGCCUCCUUGUCUUUGGUGGCUGUACUGUCAUGAUAUGCAGACAGCCUCAAACCACUCAGAAGGUUUCCUUUAUGGUUCCCCUUUUGCCGUUUCUACCUAUUCUGAGCAUAUUUGUUAAUAUUUACUUAAUGGUUCAACUGAGUGGAGACACCUGGAUACGUUUCUCUGUGUGGAUGGCAAUAGGCUUUUUGAUCUACUUUGGCUAUGGCAUGUGGCACAGUGCGGAACGCCACCGCUUUCUCCAGGGUAAGAGCAGGAGUGCCAAGGAAGCUGGCUCUACUGCAAUGGAAAACCAACUUGAUCGGUUCAUCUGCCCUGAAAAGACCAGUCAGUUUUAAGCUUUCUCAAUUUUGGUGCCAGAGGACUCAGACAUGAUACACAGGCCCAACACACAUGGAACUAAAGCCUCGAGGAACUUGUAUAAACAGCUAACAUACAGUAGGCCUCACUACAUUCAGUCUGUGAAAGCCUUGUCAGUAUUUUGUGUCAGCGGUUACAUGAUGAGCUGCUUUCGUCUGAUCACCUUCACUAUGAUGGACCACAAACACUGUAUGAGACCAUGUGUUUAGUACACAAUGGAAAGGACAGGUAACACACUGGAGAGUGACAUUUCCUCAGACUGAAUCUGUCAGUGCAAAACUGAGAUGUUUUUACUAUGGCUGUUAUUUGUUAGCAAUUUAGCUUAUCAGAAGCAAGUUUAUCUGUGUAAACCUUUUUCAAUUAUUUUGCUUAUUUAAUGCUGCAAGUGUAUUUUAGGCUUUUGACCAAUUGCGAUAUGUAUUUGAUAUGUCAAAAUAUUAGGUACCCAAGUACUAUGGUGACAUAAAUGAAAACUAGAAACAGAAAAACAUUACAAUAAAAAAUCUUUUUUAUUCAGAUUGUUUAAUACAGCUAAUGUGUUUUUAUACACACAGUAUAUAUACACAUACAUCAUAGAUUUUUAUUGAGGAUUGUCAUGUGAUUAAAAUGUUUUAACAAAUAUUUUUACAGUCUUUACAAAAAUAAAACAUUUGUUGGUAGGUUAAAUAAAGUCUUGACAUACCAGGAAAGUUCCUGUUGUAGCAAUUAAUAGUCCUUUUAUUCUAAGACGCUGUCAUUAAGUGUUAUUUAGCAAUGUUUCUUUAGAGUAGGUAUUUUGUGGUAACUGUUAAAUGAAUGAUGAUACUUGAUUACAAUUUGAUACAGUGUCUUCAGUUUGUUAUCACACUAUAAAUGAGUUUUAAUACUGGACACUAUUGCUACAGCCUUUGUCAUUCCAUUAGGUAUCUGGAGUGUACUGUCCUUAUUCAGUAUGUGUAGCUUCAUAAAUUGUAAAGGGAAUUAAAAGAGUCUUGUAAAAAAAAAAGU